AAAAAGAUGCAGAAAACAGGCAGUUUUCAACCAACAAAGCUAAAAGCCUCAUUUACAGGCUGUGGUAAAGAACCAAUAAGCACAACACUACUGUGGUUUAUUCAAUAAUUCAUCUGUGAGCUGCUGGGCUCUGCAUUUGGUGAAUAGAAACAGCACAGCAGGUUGAUAACUGGAGAUAUUGCAUUAGCUGAAAGCUUUCCUUACAGGAUGUGACACUGAAGAGCUGUUGGUGCCCAGGUGCUUGUGGGAUAUGAUGGACUCAGUGCAGCACAGCCAUCAUUCAGGGAGCUCUGUUCACAUUGCAGCUUAUACCUGACAGUCCAGCCUAUAAAGAUCAAGUUCAGGUUACACCAUAGCAACACCUGCUGAGGCAGCCACAGCCCAACAGCUCCAAUGUGCCACAGCAGUGAGGAGUCGGGGUGUAAUUCUGCACUCAACUCCUAAUUGCAGUGAAGGAACGGCUGCAGAGUGCACUGUGUCAGUGUGCAGCAGCAGGUGUUUGUGCUGUGUCACAUUGCACUGAGAUGGCUGGAAUUUCUACCACUCAGCAUCUCAUGGUAAUUACAGCUCCAGUUUUUAACCCUAAGCUGGCACAGGUAAAUACAUGAGUAUGAAAUCAAAGUCCAAAUUAAUCACGUCAUUUCAUGCCAUCCUCAGCGAUCACGUGAGCAAACAAAGGCCUGAUUUAAGCCGUGAGAUGGAUCUGCAUCCUCCACUUGGUGACAAUGAACUGUUUGCAGACACACAGUGUAAGCACUGGCUGUGUUAACAUGCUGCUCUGCUGCACACACAUGGAGGCCUCUUCUCCCCUGCUGAGCUCACUCACCACAGAGCCCAGCUGAGGAAACCCAGCAGUGCAAAAGCUGUUGGGAACCUGUUGAACAACACUCAGCUUCCUGCAGGUGCAAAGGUAAAUGUGGGGACAGAUCAGAAACUGAGGAGGGAGCAAAGCGUGGCUUUUAACCGCUGUGCUGAUGUAAACAAGUUAGAAUCUGCCGUUUCAUUUCAGUGAGUAAAAGGAAUUAAGUCCUGCAGUGUAGCACUGCUGUUUGCUCUGAAAACGGUACCGUAACCCUGCAGUGAUGGAACUCUGUUCCUGAACUCAGUGCACGCAGUGAAACAAUCAGUUUGUACACUGAGGUUCAUGAGGCUCCUCCGGGUGAAACUCACAGCAUCCCGUCACUGAGUUCUUCUCACGGAGCACUAGCACUGUAACUGGAGUUUAGCAUCCUUAAGGCAUCAGCAGCGCUGCCAUGAGCUGCAUCGCCGCCGUACGGACAAACGAGAGCGGUGCACCCACACAGCAGUGCAAGAGCCUCCGCUCAGCGAGCCAGCGGGGCGGGAGGAGGAUGCUCGUUAACUGCAGCUACUCGUGGACUGGCAGACGCUCAGAGGUCUGCAUUAGGCAGGAGAUGGGAGCCGUGCUGCUCCUCCCUGCACACAGACAACUCAGCACCGCCCAGAUGCUGCUACGGAGCGGCCGAGCCGCCCUAAGUGCGCCCAGCUCCCUCCGCCCCUCCCAGGGCCGGGUCUCACCUCCGCGCCGCAUCCUCGAUGCUCUCCCCCGGCUGCACUUUCCCUCCGAAGCCGUUCCACAGCCCGACCCCGAAUCCUCGCUUCUUCAUGCCCAGGAGGACGCGGGGCGGCUGCACCACCAGCACGAGGGUGAAGAGCCUGGACGUGGACAUGGCGCUGCGCCUGACGGCAGCGCUCGGAGCAGGGGGGAGCCCAGCACCCUCCGCCCUGUCACAGCCCCUGCAGCUCGCCGCUCCCACCGCUCUCCCCUCGGUCCCGGCCCUACCCCACACACAGUUUCCCCUUCCCCCCGCGCUGCUGUCCCCGCAGCUCCGCCCAUUAAGGGGCGGGAUGCGACGGCCGGCAUGGCGUGGUGCGGGGAGCGCUGCCAGUUUUUGGUCAGCCUUCCUCUGCAGCACCGGUGUCUGCACAGCACGGCCAGGCUGCUGAAGAAGAGAACUGCCACAGAGCACUGGUGGUUGGAGCGGCAGUGCAGGGAUCCCUUCGUUAAGGCAGCCAAACAGCAGCAUUACCGAUGCCGGAGUGCCUUCAAGUUACUGGAGAUAGAUGACAGGCUUCAUAUUCUCCGCCCGGGACUUUCUGUGCUUGACUGUGGAGCAGCACCUGGUGCUUGGAGUCAGGUUGCUGUAGAGAGGGUCAAUGCUUUAGGUGCUGAUCCUGCUGCCCCCAUUGGCUUUGUGCUUGGCGUUGACCUCCUACGGAUUUCCCCUCUGGAAGGCGCAGUCUUCUUGUCUCAGGCUGAUAUUACAGACCCCAACACACAAAGGGCGAUUCAGAACAUGCUUCCUGCAGGGAAGGUGGAUGUUAUCCUGAGCGACAUGGCACCUAACGCAACAGGCAUUAAGGAGCUGGAUCAUCAGAAGCUGAUCGGUUUGUGUUUGGGCCUAGUGAACCUGUCACAAAGCAUUUUAAAGCCGAAAGGAACAAUGCUGUGUAAGUUCUGGGACGGCCACGAGUCCCGUGUUCUUCAAAACAAACUGAAGGAGCAGUUCCAAGAUGUGAGAACUAUAAAGCCUCGGGCCAGUCGGAAGGACUCAUCCGAAUCUUAUUACUUGGCAAGAACGUACAAAGGGAAAUGAGUGCUGGGGAAUAAAUGCAGGUUAUCUAAUGGGUGAUGGGCUGGGAAUCUGAACGUGGUGUGUGUUUAAAGCAAGCUCCCAGCAUGGCGAUCCCUAGUUUUAUCUAUGGGAUUACUGCUGUACUGCUCACACAGUGCUCUUCAAAUAGGAGAAUAACACCAGGGUGCUGCCCCACUGUGUUCAUCCACUAAUUGCACAAGCACAGACAUCCAAUCCGGCUUCACACCUGUGGAGAAAACAGCUGGGAAUGGAGAGGAAUAAUGUGAAAAGGCGACCUCUGGGGCUGCUGCAAUGGAAAUGGAAAUAAAGCAGUGAUUAUAGGAGUUAA